AUGGCCACCCUAAAAGACUUCACUCUUACCUUCACAGGCGAUGUAAUGCUCGGCCGCCUGCUCGACCAACUGAUGCCAGAGCAUGUCACCAACCAACACGACGAACGCAUCGCCACAACAUUCAUAAAAGCCCAUCCAACCCUCCUCUCCAAAGGAAACUACACGCCUUCUUCACCAUGGGGCACAACCCUCCCCCUCCUUCACUCUUCUACCCUGGCAUGCAUCAACCUCGAAACCGCCGUAACAACAGCCCCGAUCCCGUGGCCCAACAAGGUAUUCAACUACCGCAUGCACCCAGCAAACCUAGGCCCCAUUCUGCACGCCGGUGGCAUCGACUACGCCAGUCUCGCCAACAACCACACCCUCGACUUCGACACCGAGGGUCUGACAGAGACCGUGCAAACACUGCAACGGGCGAAUGUCGCCUACGCAGGUGCGGGUGAAACAGCCGAUGAUGCACGCAAGCCUGCUGUGCUACAUUUACCCAGGGCUUCAGAGGUCAUAGACGAAAGCAAGCAACACCGCUACACGGUACAUGUAUACUCAGCUUCUGAUCACCCGCGUGUGUGGGCCAGCGUUCCGGGAUUCAAUCUGUUUGAUUACACCCGCGACACGCGCGCUCGGCUGCGUGAAAUGCUUGUUGAUGCCGAGGAAACUAAGCCGGCGUUGAAAAUCUUUUCGGUUCACUGGGGGCCGAAUUAUUCCUGGCAGCCGGAUGGACGGAUUACGUCUCUUGCGCAUUUCUUGAUCGAUGAGUGUGGCGUGGAUAUUGUCCAUGGCCACUCAUCGCAUCAUGUUCAGGGUGUGGAGGUUUAUCAUGGGAAGCUUGUUAUCUACGGUUGUGGGGACUCUGUGGAUGAUUAUGCCUUGAAUGAGGAGUAUAGGAAUGAUCUUGGGGCUUUGUGGAGGGUUGUUGUUCGGGAGAAGAGUGGUGGCGGGCUUGGGCUGGAGAGAUUGGAGAUCUUCCCUACACGGGUUGAACGGUUUAGGGCUGUUUUGUUGGAUUCUAAAGAUGCGGAUCAUGUGUGGGUAAGGCGAAGGAUUUGCGAGCUCAGUGGGGAGUUGGGAACAAGUGUGAAGGGGCCGCUUGGGGAGAAAGGUGAGGUUAUUGUUGAGUUGUCGGGAUUGUAG